AUAAAAUCACGACGUAAUGCUUUCCCCAAGAAUUUUCCUCCCAAUAAUUCUCCUGACAUUGCUCGAGUUAUCCGUGGAUGGACAUGAGGAUCUGUGUGAAAGAAAUUCCGCCUGCAGUAUUGUCCACAACAGAUUUUGGUUGCCCAAUAAACAUGAGAAAAUUUGCAAAUGCCCCGGAAAACCCUGUCCGGUGGUUUAUUCACAAGAAGGAAAUUUCUUGCCCAUUAAUACACGAUCCCAGAUGCGUUUCUGCGAACCCCUCAGUUCGGAUCUAAAGCCCUGCGAUGAUGCAUCAACUGUAGCUCUCACCAUAACCCAGAAGCACCUCCCCAAUGUGCGGCAACAGCAGCAAAUUGAGCUUCACUGCAUAUGCCAGGGUGGUGGGAAGUAUUGGAAGUACUUUAGUCACGUGGAAAAGUACAGCGAGGAGACACAGGAAACAGUUAUAAUUGACAAUUUUUACUGCAUCAACCUAAGACGAUGUACACCCGAUCAAUUCUGUGGCUUUGCCCGUACGGAUUAUGGGUUUGUCUACCACAGAUGCACAUGCCCCAUUCACUACAAAUGCAUCUUCGAUCCUGGCGUACAAAAUACCUUUGAAGGUGUUCAGGAGUUAUUCUACAACGGUACAGCCUACGAGGCGCACUGUCGUCUUACAAAUGAAGAUGAUUUGUGGUGAAAAUUUGUAAAAAAAAAACAAAACAUACCUGCAGUGAAUAAAAUGAAAUU